CGUGGGGCGCAACGAGGACGUUGCGUUCUUUGAGAGGGGGUGAAUUGUAACAUCCCGAGUUGUGAUAUGUGAAAAGGCUUAAGAGAAUUGAUUUGGCUACCUAUGUCACCAAAGUUGACUUACCUUUUCCGGAAUACAUCCUGAAAGAACUCCAGAGUUAAGCGUGCUUGAGCUGGAGUAGUGGAAGGAUGGGUGACCUAUCGGAAAGUGAUUCGUGAUAGCGUACGAGUGAGGCCAAAGCAUGGGAGAAGGUCGGGUGGUGAUUGCAGGGUCAGUAAACAAUGAUUUCGAGCCUUUGGAAAAAUUAACGGACCAACCGUCAGACGGGAUGGGGCCCAUGGGCCGAGAGAGCGGGCGUGGGUGGCCCAUUAGCCGUGGGCGGGUCGGGGCAUUACACAUUGCCUAGCAUCAAUAUUGCUUUGCAUAUCAUUUGCGAAAUGCUGAUACACCUUGUCUACGUACUCCGUACGAAGCACAUACAAUAAUUUUUUUCUUUAAAUGCAGCUGGAGGGAGGGGAAGGGGUGGAAGGGGAGGGAGAGACGAUUCUUUGUUGGGUACUACUGUCAAAAUCCGUUUAGGACCUUUCAAGGGGUAUAGGGGACCUGUAGUAGAAGUCAAAGGAGAUUCAAUGCGUGUAGAGCUUGAGAUGAAGAUUGUGACAGGCAAUCCCUUGUUUAACUUCUCCGCUUGGGGGAAUAGACUUGUGUAUGCAGUUGAAUGAACUUUUAACGAUUAUUGUGUAUGCAGUUGAUCGGAAUGCAAUAUCGGAUAAUGUGUCUGUGACAACACCUUCUCGGUAAUCUACUAAUUGAUCUUAUUAGUUACUUUGACUUCAUGUAUCAUAAACGACAUCAAUUAUAUCAUCUGAAUUCUACACAGGGAUAUAUCUCGGUAUAGUAUGGGAAGCGAAACACCUAUGCAUCCUUCACGGACUCCACUUCAUCCUUAUAUGACUCCAAUGCGGGACUCUGGAGCUUCACCGAUCCAUGACGGUAUGAGGACACCCAUGCGUGAUCGAGCUUGGAAUCCUUACACGCCUAUGAGCCCACCUAGGGAUAACUGGGAAGAAGGAAAUCCAGGAUCGUGGGGAACGAGUCCUCAAUAUCAACCGGGAAGUCCUCCUUCACGGGCAUAUGAAGCACCGACUCCUGGCUCAGGAUGGGCUAGUACUUCCGGUGGUAGUUACUCAGAUGCAGGGACGCCCAGAGAUCAUGGUUCGGCCUAUGCUAAUGCCCCAAGUCCAUACAUACCAUCUACACCUGGACAACCCAUGACACCAAGCUCAACUUCAUACUUACCUGGAACUCCCGGAGGACAACCAAUGACUCCUGGAACUGGGCUCGAUGUCAUGUCUCCUGUUAUAGGUGGAGAUGCUGAAGCAUGGUUCAUGCCUGAUAUUUUGGUUGACAUACACAAGGUUGGAAAAGACAGCGAUCUGGGGGUCAUUCGAGAUGUUUCGGAUGGAACGUGUAAAGUGUCUCUGGGGUCCAGCGGUGAAGGUGACACUAUAGUGGCCCUUCCGAGCGAACUGGAGAUAGUUCCUCCGAGGAAGAAUGAUCGUGUAAAGAUUGUUGGCGGCCAGUUUCGUGGGUCUAUCGGUAAGCUUAUUGGAAUCGACGGGUCAGAUGGUAUCGUUAAGAUUGAGGACAAUCUUGACGUCAAGAUUCUGGACCUGGCCAUAUUAACCAAGUUUGUUCAGCCGUGAGCUAGAAGUUAUAAAGAAUGUUGAGUUUCAUCAGGUGACCGUAACUACGAAUAUUGUUGCUAGAUGACGUGCUUCUCUUGUAAGGUGCUCUCGUAGGCACUGUCGAAAUAGUAUUUUUGGUCUCUCUCUUUUUUCUACUUUGUAGUUGCCAUGUUGGUUGCUUAUAUGUCCUUUACCUAUCUUAGCCACUUCUUGCACCUCUUUAUAUCAUCUUCGAUGAUUUACUCUAUUUAAGAAAAAAAAACAAUAGAGUGAUAAACCAAAAAAGUAAAAAAAAAUAUUUUAUUGAUAAAAUAAACUUAUUUAUUCUGUUAUAAAGUAGAAAAUAGAAAGUACAAUUUUUUUCACUACUAAUUAUGUUAAUAUAAACUACUAGAUACAUUAUAUAGACGAUACUAGACAAUUUUACUAGCCUUAUGAGGAUUCACGAGUCUAAUGCCGUCGCUGUAAGAUUUAUUACUGACGGUACUCGUUGCGUCAUGCCGAAGAUCUCUAGUAGCAUUCUUUCCAAUAUUCAUAAUUCAUCUUCUCCGAAAAUUGAAACUCAAACCUCCUAGUGUAAAGCAUUAAUAAACCCUUGAUCAAACCACUGGACGAAAAAAACAUUCACAAUAGAAAGUACAAUUGAAACAUAUUUAUUGUAAACUUUAUUUUAGGUUGAAAAAUAAAGUACCGUUAGAGAUACUCUUAGUUUCUUUAUACAAGAGCCACCAAACUAUUCUGAUUAAAAAUAUAUUGAUUGUUUUAUCAUUUUCAUGUAUUUCAUAUUGGAUAUGUAUAAUGUUUUGUCCCACAACCACAAUUUUAUAUGAAUUUGAAAACCCAUGAUUACCAACACACCUUUCACCUAAGAGUAGCCUUUAUAUGCAAAGAUCAAAGCGCUUACAUCUAUAAUGCGAUUUCAUGGUACAUUAGUCAUCAAUCGUGCAUGAUCACCGUAUAUCACACACCUCUUUCCUGUUGUGUGAAUUUUGUGUGUGAGGAAUGUCAAGCGUAACAUUGAUUGUAUUUCUACAGAGACUCUAAGAUCACGCAAUAGUUUUCGAAUUAAAAUAGACACUAUAAUGAAAAUUGUACACAACAUAAUUGAAACGAUUGUAAGAUCAAUAGAAGAGGGCGUUAGACUCAUGGAAAUUCAUAUGUAAAUCCGAAUUGUAUAUCAAUCAAAUUAUCAAGGGUUUAAUAAAGAACAGUUCUUGAACUCAAAGCCAACCAGUAAAUUCAAUAAACUUCCACUGCAGAUAUUAUCUAUAUCUAAAUCUAGAAUUCUAAAGUCAUGUGUAAAUCAGUCAAAAUUCAAAAAAGCAUAAGGGUGAGUCUGAUCAUUUCAAAAAAAAAAAUUCUAAACCAAAUUACUUGGAGAUAUGUAUAUUGCUCAUUUAAAAUAUGUUAGGAAAUCAAUAACACUGUCGUGUCUACCAAUUAUUAAAAUAUCUAAAUUACAAAUGAUUAAUCUAGAAACAAUAUUA